AACAAAGCGUAAUUGUGAUAGGGAAAAAGUAAUUUUCUUCAUAUUUUUACCAUGUUAAUUUAUGUUGUGGAGCCGAUUAUUAUUUCUUUAUUAAUUUUAGCCCUAAUUUACGUCAAGAUAGAAUAUAUGAUUCAAAAUGUUCAUACUUAUUUAAAUUAGUUUGCUUGAUUGUUGUAUAUGAUUAUCGUAACCACGCUACAUUAUGACUAUGGAAAACCCAAAUAUAGCUGACCUUCAGAGUGAAGUUGAAUUUUACAGGGAGAACCAAACAACUGUAGAACAUGAAAUCCGGACCCUCAUAGCGGACAAUCAGAAGCUGUCCCAGCAGGUGGCGCUACUGAUCAAAGAAAAGAUACAGUUACAGCGUGAGCCUCCAACGCAAGUCCAGGAGAAUGCACAGGAGCUAGAGGAGUUGCGGAGACAAGUCACUUUACUUACCAAGGAAAGGGAUUCGUUGCACGUCCUGUGGCAAACAUCACAAAAAACUAUUGAAGCUUUGGAGACCGAAUUAAAAACUUAUCAAAAUUAUGAAAAAAGGGGAGCGCAGUAUACAAAUGACGAUAGACGAGACUUGGAAUUGAAAUUAGAAACCUCACUAUCAGACUAUAUCGAGUUAGAAGUUAAAUAUAAGGAACUGCAUCAGAAACACAAUCAAUUGACCACAGAUGUAAAUAAUAAAGAGAAAGAAUUAAUUUCGUACAAAGAGAAAUGUGAAGAAUUUCAGAAACAAUUAAUUGAAAUAAACAAAACAUUGGAAGAACACAAAGUUGAACUGCAAGCGGAGAAGAAGAGUAAUGAUAAUUUGAAGGGUCAGAUACUUCUGUGUCAGAAAAAUAGUGCGGACAAGAUUAAGAAAGAAAUAGAAGCAAAAUCAAAAGUCUCAGAAGCUCUACAGCUCUUCGAUUUGGUGUCUGCGCAGAAAAAUGAAGCUUAUAAGAAAAUCAAGGAAAUUUCAGAGGAACUGGUACAAAUGAAGAGAAGCGUGACAGAAGUCCGUCGUGAAGCUGAAGCGUCCUUCAGGAAGGAACUGGACGAAAUCAAGGGGAAGUACAACGAGAAGGUGGGAGACAUGCUGCGGCACAUCAGGAAUCUGGAUUCAGAAUUGGUGGAAAAGGGGCUCCUGCUCAACAAAAUAUUGAGGGAGAAUAAGAUCUUGCUAGAAACGAACGAGAGUUACGUGAAACAAGAGGAGACAUGUCGUAACGCUGUGGACCCCAAACUGGCACUCGCGGAGCACAGAAUGGAGGCGAUGUUCCAGGAGCUGGUGACGUCAGAAAGGCGGAACAUACAACUGGUGUGCGAAAAGCAGUGCCUAGCGAUAGACAUCCAAAGGAUUCAGGAUAUCCACGCGAGAGAAACUAAAAGACGCGAUUGGGAAGAGACCCUGCUGAAAACACAGCGAGACGAACUCAAAUUGCAAGUGGAACACCUCCAGAAGUCGCUGGACGAGACCCACGGCAUGGUCAGCAAGCUGCAGGCCAUGCUCACUUCGCGGACGGACUUGAGCCAAAAGAUGAUAACAGUAAAAGAAGAAGAAUUACUUGAACUUAACAAGCAUUUACAAAAUCAAAUUGAACUUAGUAAAAAAUGGAAAGACUCAUAUGUAGAGAUGGCAGAAAAACUGAAGAAAAGAUUGGAAGAGUUGCAAAAACAGAACAACGAUCUUAGAUCGCGACUAAAGCUCCCCACGCUCGAGUCAUCAGAUAGUACUAAUAGCUAAAUGUUAAGUCUACAAUCAAACAACCAGUGCAAUAUCAAUUAUUCAUGUUAUUUACAGUAUUACAUACAGUAUAAACUA